CUGAGGCAAAAUGGCCGACCGGAACGACGCCGGUCCAACUCGUUUCACAGCGCGCCUCACACAUCUGGCCUUGUACAUGUGAGAUUGGUGUAUCCCGCGAUCUAACCGCACGAAAUCACUCUAUCCGGGCUGGAGGGAACGAGGAGAGUAGGACGCAAAAAAAAUUGCUUCGAGUUAUUUGAAGUCGGACAACGUAAAAGGUUCUUCGUCACGGGACUAAAGAAAGAGGCCUGACGUCCAGAGGAAGAAAGCCACGCUUCCUGCCGGGCGAAAAUGACAACGGGCCAGAGUGACCUUCUUUCUGUCGACCGGCACUCAAAGAAGGCGCGGCGAGCCGAAAAAAAGCAAAAGAAGACAAACGGAGACGACGGCCUAUUACUUUCUGGUGGCGGCGAGCGCUCCGAAAAGAAGAAGAAGAAGAAAAGAGCGGAGGAGGAAAAGACGCUUCCUGCAGACGUACUAGGCGAGUACCCGACGGACGACCAGAACGACGGCUCACUUCUCUCUGCCGACGACCGCCAAAAGAAGAGGAAGAAGAAGAAGAAAAAAAGUCAAGAUGACAACGUGGCCAUGGCGUACGGUGAUCGGCAGAAGAACCUUGAUCCAGAAGACGUCCGUCCUCCUGCUCACCAGCACACGUCUAAGAAGAGGAAAAGAGAAGAAAAAGAUGGCGAAAUAGACAAGUACAAGGGAGAUGACGGGGAGAAGCGGAAGAAAAAACCGAGGGAAGAUGACGAGCGUCUUCCGGCCGACCGGCAGGAGAAGUGCGAAGACGAGGAUGUCCUUCUUCCCGCCGGAGCGGCCGAGACGGCGGACGAGCGCUCAUACUGGGAUUUAUUGGAGGAGAUGGAAGAGUUCAUCCCUAACAUCAAAAAAAUGGACAUCAGUCGCAUCAAAAUGCACCUGCACUACGACCUGAAGCGCUUCCGACUCUUCAAACGGCAAGUAUAUGUCCGCGUGUGUGAAGCGGUGCCUUCCUUCCGAUGCCUUCAUGCUGGUGGCCAGGCCGUGAGCUCGGGCUCGCGGCCUAGCGGUUGGUGCCUCCACCUGCCGAGUGGAAGUGUCGUGUGCGCGCGGGUUCGCGUCCUGGCCCGGUCAGCGCGGACACACCGGUUCCAUACAGUGCCUCACAAAAGCCUAUCCGUCCACCGGGGCCGCUUCACCCAAAAGGAGAACCAACAGAUCCGGGACAACGUGGCCCGUUUCUUGGAGCUGACCGGCGUGGAGUCCGCCGAGCAUCUCCUCUUCCCCGGACGCUUCAAGGAGCUGGAGGCCCACAUCAGGAAGUUGAAGAGGCGGCACUGCUUCAUGGAGGCCAUCGCCGAAGGAAUUCCCAGGACGUGCCAGAAAGUUUUGACCCGGGCCCUCAAGAUCGACCACAUGAACCACCGGGGACAGUUCUCGGAGGAGGAGCUGGCUCAACUGGUCAAGUUGCAGAAGCUCCAUGGCAACCACUGGCGCACCAUCGCCAAAAAGAUGGAUCGCAGCGCCUUCGCCUUACAGAAACGCUUCGUCAACAUCGCGUCCGGGCGAGGCGCUUGGACGUCGGAGGAGGAGGACCGCCUGAAGGAGGCCGUCCGAGCCCACCUGGAGGCGGCGGCGGCGGGAAGCCCCUCCCCUUCCGAGGGCGGCCUCCCGGAGCUCCGCCGGCUCUGCGCCGGUUUGCCCUGGACCGAGAUCAGCCGCCGCGUGGCCACCCGCAGUUGGACUCAGUGUCGGAUCAAGUGGUUCAGCAUCCUGAAACGUGGACUGGCGCCCAAAAACAGUAGGAAUAAACUCCGAGUACUCGAGACCAGAAUCAGUCUGAUCAAAACGUUGUACGCUUCAAACGUGGAGGAAGCGAGAGACGUCGAUUGGGAGAUGGUGGCUUCCACGGUGGGCGGCGUGACUCCGCUUCAAGUUCAGAAGCUCUUCCGAACCCUCAAAGUAUGCUACGUCCCCGACUGGUCGCAACGUAGCUACGGAGAGAUCAUCGACUUCCUACGGGAGCACGUGAAGCCGCGGCUCAGGGAGGAGCGGCGCCGCUACCGCCGACGAAGGGGGCGCGUCGAGGAAGAACGGCCGGCGUCGCCCGACGCCGCCCUCUCGGCCAUCUUCGCGUCCGAAGACGGCGAAUUUGCAGAAGUGGACAACACCCGGACCGGAGGGCGGCGGCGGGCCGGGUCAGCGGGUGGGACGGAGCCGUGGAUGGCAGAGAAUGAGUUGAAACAGUGAAACAAACGCUAGCCAAAAACGGACCUUUAAAUGGGAACUAAAGAGAAAAUAAAAUGGCUUCUUUUGGUUUGAUUUAUUGACUCGGAAUCUUUGGAUUCUUUCACUUUCAGGCAGCCGGGCUCAAAAUAAGCAGAAGCUUGAAGCGGGCAUUUUGGAACAAGGGCAGAGUUAAAAAGGUCCACUUUUCUGAAUAGAAUGAACAUUUGCCACCAAGAUGGAAAACGGGACAAAUGUCUGCCGAGUACGGUUCGUAAAGUCAGAUGUUUUAGCAAUAAAGUUUGUCGAAAGGUCGAGGAAACGCCGAGAGGAUGUCUCGCGUUAUUCACCGGCCCGUAGAUUCCACAUAUUUGACUAGAGGGCUCAAAGGCGGCGGCGGCGGCCAUUGUUUUGCGUGAAAUAUCUAGGAAAUGUCAUUAAAAAUAAAUGAAAAAUGGUGUUCCAAAUGUGUCUUCCACAUGUUAAAUAACGAGUGCAAUCAUUUAGCAUUUUUUGACAUGCAGGUCCCUAUUUCAUAGCACCUUUAAGGAAUGAUCAUUUUUAAAUAUGAAUCGACGUGCGAAUAAAUCAAUACUUUCA